GUGCGGGUUGCUUUCCUAAUUGAGUUUUGUUGGGGGUCUCAGUGGUGUGCGAAGGGACUUCGGCAGACUUGCCUACGUGGGGAGAACUGGUGCCCAGCGCUUGUACUUUAAACCCUAAGUUCGAGCCCCGGACUGGGACCCGGAGGGAUGGGCCCUGCGCCUGUGGGAGAGCAGCGUCGUGGAGCUUCUGGAGAGAUGGAGGUGAUGGAACCAGUUCCAGAAGGCAAAGAGAACAAAAGGCUGAAAAACACCUCUAAGAAGCGUGUUGUGACUGAAUGUCCAGGGGAGGGUCUUCUGCAGCCAGUAAAACUCAGCCGUGCAGAGCUGUACAAGGAGCCUACCAACGAAGAACUGAACCACCUUCGGGAGACUGAGAACCUGUUCCACUCCAGCUUGCUUCGUUUACAGGUGGAAGAAUUGCUAAAGGAAGUGAGGCUACCAGAGAAGAAGAAAACAAGGAUUGAUGUUUUUCUCCAAGAGAUCAAACAGCGGGUCAUGAAGGUGCCCUCGACCCCAGAAACCAAGCUGAUUGACCAGGACUGGCUCCCAGAUGGAGUCCGAGUUCCCAUCCACCAAGUGCCUUAUACUGUGAAAGGCUCUUUCCGCUUCCUGCCUCCUGCCCAGGUCACAGUUGUUGGCAGCUAUCUCCUGGGCACCUGCAUCCGGCCUGACAUCAAUGUGGAUGUGGCACUGACCAUGCCCAGGGAGAUCCUGCAGGAUAAGGAUGGGCUGAACCAGCGCUAUUUUCGCAAACGCUCCCUCUACCUGGCCCACUUGGGUCACCACCUAGCCCGGGACCCCCUCUUUGGCUGCGUCCGCUUCACCUACCCCAGUGGCUGCCACCUGAAGCCCUCGCUGUUGCUCCGGCCACAAGGGAAGGAUGAGCACCUGGUCACUGUCCGUCUUCAUCCAUGUCCGCCAAAUGACUUUUUCCGUCCCUGCCGCCUACUGCCUUCCAAGAACAAUGUGCGCUCAGCCUGGUUCCGAGGGCAGAGCCCUGGGGAAGGUGUGUCUGAGCCUCCCACCCCUCACUAUAACUCAUGGAUCCUGCAGGACAUCUCUUUGGAGGCCCACUUGCAACUGUUAUCAGCUGUGCUAGACUCUGCACAAGGCCUUCAGGAUGGGGUGGCCCUCCUGAAAGUCUGGCUGCGGCAGCGGGAGUUGGACAAGGGCCUGGGAGGCUUCAGCGGCUUCCUCAUGUCCAUGCUGGUUGCCUUCCUUGUGUCUACACGCAAGAUCCACUCCACCAUGAGUGGCUACCAGGUCCUGAGAAACGUCUUGCAGUUCCUGGGCACCACGGAUCUCACAGUUAACGGCGUUAGUAUGUGUCUCCGCUCUGAUCCCUCUUUGCCGGCCGUGGCCGAUUUCCAGCAGGCCUUCCCUGUGGUUUUCCUGGACUCCUCAGGCCAGCUCAACCUCUGUGCUGAUGUCACUGCAGCCACUUAUCACCAGGUGCAACAUGAGGCCCAGUUGUCCAUGGCACUGCUGGACAGCAAAGCUGAUGACGGAUUCCAGAUGCUGCUGAUGACACCAAAACCCAUGAUCCGAGCUUUUGAUCAUGUCCUGCAUGUCCGUCCCCUGAGUCGGCUGCAGGCAGCAUGUCACCGACUGAAGCUGUGGCCGGAAUUGCAGGACCAUGGUGGGGACUACGUGUCAGCUGUUGUGGGGCCACUCACUUCCCUCCUGGAGCAAGGCCUGGGUCCUCGGCUGCGCUUGCUGGCCCACUCUCGACCCCCUGUCUUGGAGUGGGACAUUGCUCAGGAUCCACCAAAGCACCGAGACUCUGGAACUCUCACCCUGGGCUUGCUCCUCCGGCCUGAAGGCCUCACUAGCGUCCUGGAACUGGGCCCAGAAGCUGAUCAGCCUGAGGCUGCUGACUUCCGCCAGUUCUGGGGGUCUUGCUCGGAGCUACGGCGUUUCCAGGACGGAUCUAUCCGGGAAGCUGUGGUCUGGGAAGCAGCCUCGAUGGCCCAGAAGCGGCUAAUCCCCUUUCAGGUGGUCACCCACCUCUUGGCCCUCCACGCUGACAUCCCAGAGACCUGUGUCCACUAUGUGGGGGGCUUCCUGGAUACCCUAAUCCAAGGCCCUAAAGAGACCUCCAGCACUGGGGAGGAGGCCCUAGCCGCUGUUGUACGCUGCUAUGAUGAUCUAAGUCACCUGCUGUGGGGGCUGAAAGAGCUGCCCCUGACAGUGUCUGCUGUGCAGGGUACACACCCAGUACUACGCUACACGGAGGUCUUUCCUCCAGCACCCAUGUGCCCAGCCUCCUCCUUCUACGAGCACCAGCAUGAGCACGCUGCCCUCUUACCCCGGCCCGACAAGCCCUGCCCAGCUUAUGUGGAGCCCAUGACUGUGGUCUGUCAUCUGGAGGGCAGCGGCCAAUGGCCCCAGGAUGCUGAGGCCAUCCGUCGGGUCCGUGCUGCCUUCCAGCUGCGCCUGUCAGAACUGCUGAAGCAGCAUCAUGGGCUGCAGUGCCGGCCUGCAUCGGAGUACACGGAUGUCCUCAAGGAUGGAUUUGUGUUUCGCGUCUGUGUGGCCUAUCAGAAGGAGCCCCAGAUCCUACGGGAGACACGGAGCCCCGAGGGCAUGAUCUCUCUGCGGGACACACCAGCCUCCCUGCGCCUGGAGAAGAAAACACGGCACCUGCCCCUGCUCACCAGCGCCCUGCAUGGGCUCCAGCAACAGCACCCCGCCUUCUCAGGGGUGGCAAGGCUGGCCAAGCGCUGGGUGCGUGCCCAGCUUCUGGGGGACGGGUUCACUGAUGAGAGUCUGGACCUGGUGGCUGCUGCCCUCUUUCUGCACCCUGAACCCUUCAUCCCUCCCAGCUCCCCACAGGUGGGCUUUCUACGCUUUCUUUCCCUGGUCUCCACCUUUGACUGGAAGAACAACCCGCUCAUCGUCAACCUCAAUGGCGACCUCACAGCGGAGGAGCAGGUGGAGAUCCGCAGUAGCUUCCUGGCAGCUCGUACCCAGCUCCCGGUCAUGGUCAUCAUCACCCCUCAGGACCGCAGAGGCUCUGUGUGGACACAGGACAGUCCCUCUGCCCAGAUCCUGCAGCAGCUGGUGGUCCUGGCAGCUGAGUCUUUGUCUAUACUGGAGAAGCAGCUGAUGGACCCCCACGGGCCCGGGGACAUCAGGACAGUGUUCCGGCCCCCCCUGGACAUGUACGAUGUGCUCAUCCGCCUGUCCGCCAGACACAUUCCACGGCACCGCCAGGCUGUGGACUCUCCAGCUGCCUCCUUCUGCCGCGGGCAGCUCAGCAAGCCGGGUUCUCCUUCUUUAAUGCCUGUGCUGGGCUAUGACCCUCCGCAGCUCUACCUGGCACAGCUCAGGGAAGCCUUUGGGGACCUGGCUCUAUUCUUCUAUGAUCAGCACGGCGGGACAGUGAUUGGUGUCCUCUGGAAACCCACUGGCUUCCAGUCCCAGCCCUUCAAGGCCUCCAGCACCAAGGGGCGCAUGGUGGAGUGUCGUGGUGAGGACCUGGUGCUGGUGCCCAAUGUGGAGGCCAUCUUGGAGGACUUUGCUGUCCUGGGCGAAGGGCUGGUGCAGGCUGUGGAGGCCCGGAGUGAGCGGUGGACAGUGUGACCUACCUUAGCCCCAGGAACAAGCUAAGGACAGGUCACAGGACUUGAGCUUCCCUGAAGCCAGCUGGCCUUGGGGGUGGCUGCUUCCCCACUGGUGCAGGAAUCCUCACUGGAGGGCCAAAGCCCUGACCCAUGGUCAGGACCCUGACUGCAUCCUAGGACCAUGUCAGAGCCAGUCUGAAGGAAGUCCAGGGAGGCUGAGCACUGUUACUUUUGUUAGCCCCAGGCCUGGCUGUGUUCUCCUUGGCUGUGGUCAGUUCUGGAGGGCUCCAUACCCCCUUUGUGAAACUCUGCGUCAACCGUGCAUAUGGUACCAAUGACCAGUGGGUGCUUUCUCAGAAGAGUGGGGCCAAGGGCCCCCAUGGAGAAGAACAACAUACUCUCCUGUGUGACUGCUGCUGGGGCUCUGGAUAGCAUGUGGGAAACUACAGGGAAUAGGAAAAGACCUGGGGGCUGAGGGGAGAGAGGUGGGAGACCCCUUAAGCUGCCUCAGCUCCUAUGUGUUUGAGAGCACCCUCAUUUCUGGGCAGCCAACUCUGGCAGCCACCCCCAGUGCAUUCCACGGGGGUGCAGAAGGGAAGGAGUUUCUAGUACCUUGGGGAAAGGGGAGGGGGAGGACGAGGCCUUGUCCCAGCCUAGUCCACACCCCCUUCCGGCAGCCUCUCCCUGUAGAGUCUCCCCUAAUCCUGGUGGUUUUUCCAGACUCAGCUCUAAAGUUCCCUCCUCUUAAACCCUUUCCUCGCCCCCUGCCUCAGGUGCUUUUUCCCUCUUCAGAAGAACACUGAGCACUUGCUGUCUUUUCACCUCCUUUCCUCUGCAGUCGCACACAACCAUGGGUACCUGAAACUGAAUCCAAAUGAAAUCACUUAGUUUCCUAA